AUGUUCAAACGCAUCGUCUUCACGACAGUUACUCCUCUCCCUUCCUAUAUCCCGCGGGACCUCGUCAUCAAGACCCUCCAUGCCCACAGUGAGAUGAUAGAGCUGAACCCGCUGGUGAUCAAACAUAAACGUUGCAAAGCCCCGCCAAACGCCCCGCCAGACGAAUUCCACUGCAUCUGGUAUGAGCUGACAGACAACAUCCACUAUCUCCCCGGCCGCAUAAUACGGGGCAACGUCACCUACAAGGCCUGCUUCCACGAUCUCCAACGCGGCCUACAAACACAUAUCUACGCACCCACGAACCUCGACAUCCGGAAUCGAUGGACGGUGUGCGGGAACAUGCCCGGCGAGCCGCGGGAGCCGGUCGAACUGGGCCUCACCAACGUGCCGCGUGAAGGCCUCUUCCUCAGAGAAGACGUCUAUUUGCGAUGCAACACCUUCGCCGCCAGCUUCGUCAAGAAGACGCUGAAGGACGCACACGUCGUGCUGGUGGAUCGGCUGAUCAUGAAGGCCGACCUGCUCAAGGGGAAGAUAGACCGGCUAUACUUCAACCCUCGGCGCCGACGAACAGCGCUCCUCGCUCCUUCUGCACAAACCCAGGCCCUGCCCUCGCGGGCCAAGGCGUUUGCGACAGCGAAGAAAAAACUUAGCACGAAUUUCGUUGUCAUGCCGCCCUCGCCUCCGCCUAAUGUGCAUGAGUUGGAGUGAAAAAAAAAAAAAAA